AUGAGCAUGAAAUACAAGAUUUGUGGCGUCGGCGCUGGCAUUUUGGGGGUACCUGUUUGUGCUGUUAUUGCCUCCAAAUGUCCGGAGUAUUCUAUUAGUGUGGUAGAUUCGGAUGAAAAUAUAAUCAAACAAUGGAAUAAUGGGCCUGAUUAUCCAAUAUCAGAGGUUGGAUUGGAUGAUCUGCUUAAACAGUGCAGUGGCAAAAAUUUGACAAUUUCUUCUGAUGUCGAUGCUUACCUUGCGGUUGCUGAUAUUAUCCUUAUUUGCGUGAAAACUCCUGCCAAGUCCCUCGGUGUUGGUCGAGGGAGAGCUGCUGACUUAGGCAGCAUUGAGGCGAUUUCGCGUCAAAUUGUUGCCUCGGGUAACUCUUCGGCUAUCGUUGUUGUUCAAAGUACUGUACCCAUUGGUGCCACUGACCUCAUUAAUAGCAUCUUCACUGCAAACAAAAUGCAAUCCUCGAAUCUCGUUGUUGUCUCCAACCCUCAAUUUGUCUCCGAGGGUAGUGUGAUUGAAAAUCUUCUUCAUCCAGAUCGUGUUGUAUUGGGCGGAGAGAUGGACCCAAAUUCAAGGAAGGCUGUUAACGUUGUCAGCAGUAUUUAUGAACGUUGGGUUCCCAAGGAGAAGAUCCUCACUAUGUCUACUAAAUCUGCCGAGGUAACAAAACUGGUGACAAAUGCUUUCCUGGCCCAACGCGUGAGUAGUAUCAAUGCUAUCUCAAGUGUGUGUGAGGAAACAGCGGCUGAUGUGCGACAAGUUGCCGAUGCCGUGGGUCGGGACACGCGUGUUGGUCGUCACUUCCUUGAUGCUGGUCUUGGAUUUGGAGGUAAUACACUGCCAGCGGACCUUCAUCAUCUAGUCUACACCUGUGAGUCAUUGGAGUUGCCAACAGUGGCUGCCUACUGGAAUGCAGUAUUGAGUGUCAACGACUUCCAAGUGUCGCGAUUCUUUCGCAAAAUUACAGCGCAUUACUGUGAGACCCUGCGAGGCAGGAGGCUAGCUCUUCUCGGUUGUUCUUUCAAGAAAGGCACACCAGAUGUCAAGAACAGUCCGGCAGUUGUGAUAUGUUGCCGUUUGCUGUUAGAGGACGCAACUAUCGCAGUUUACGAUCCUUUGGCCAAGAAAGAAUUCCUUGUUGACGCAAUCACUGACGUGCUAGGACAGAAGCCAGCCAAUAUCGACAAUCUAAUUUGGUGUAUGACGCCAAUGGAGGCUGCUGAAAACGCGGAUGGAAUAAUCGUCUGCACAGACUGUGACGAAUUUAAGAGCUUAGACUACAAUGCAAUCUACCAAGCAAUGCGAAAACCGGCCUCCUUCUUUGAUGGACGUCUAGUGGCACCUCAUCGAGAAUUGCAAGCAAUUGGCUUUCGCGUGGAAGCCAUUGGAGUCCGUUUGAAGUGA